CCGUGCGCGCCAGUCUCGCCGCGGCCGCCGCGCUGUGAGGUUCCGGACGUGUGGCGCGGUGCGUGAAGUGUGUGACGCGUGUGUUGUGACUGGGCGUGACUGCGAGGAGGAAGAAUGGCGGCCGUGCGCCUGGCGCCGCUGCUGGCGUGGCUGUGGGUCGCCGCGGCGGGCCCCGUCACGUUCCGCCAGGGCGGCUACGAGGGCGUCGUCGUGCGCUUCGCCGACAGCGUGCCCGCCGCCGAGUGCCGCUCGCUGCUGCAGAACCUCGAGACGGCGCUGACGGGCGCUUCGCGGUUCCUGCACUCGUCGCUGGACGGCAGGGCGUACCUGGCCUCGGUGACGGUGCUGCUGCCCGACUCGUGGAGCGACAGCUGCACCCCGCGGCACGUGGUCAGCUCGAGCGGCGAGGCGCCGGACCUGACCGUGGGGCCCGCACACCCCAUCUUCGGCCAGGAGCCGUGGACCCAGCAGUCGCGCGGCUGCGGGCGGCCGGGUGACAUGGUGCACCUCAGCUACGAGCGGCUCAGGGACGUCUCCGGCCUGGACCGCCUGCUGGUGCAGCAGUGGGCCAAGUACCGCUACGGAGUGUUCGACGAGGUGGGCUACGUGUCCGACCCAGUCUACCCGCUGUGCCACCAGGGCGACACCAACCACCUGCAGGUGACGGGCUGCUCCGACCUGCCCAUCCAGGACACCGGGGUGUGCGACGGGCCCAGCCUGCGCUACAACGCCAGCCUACUGGUGCACAGCGACGCCACCAGCUCGGUGCUGUUCGCCGCCACGGCGCCGCAGGUGACGCGCUUCUGCGACGCCGGCACACACAACCGCUACGCGCCCACCAAGCAGAACCUGGUGUGCGACCGGCGCAGCGCCAUGGACGUCAUCCUGCAGCACCCCGACUUCGCCAACAACGUGGUGGAUGAGCUGAAAGUGGCCAACACAACGCCUUCCUUCCACUACAAGCGACGCUCAAUAACGAGAUACGUGCUCGUAAUCGAGGAUACCAAGGACAUGUAUGUUCGGGAGUCUUGGAGCUUCCUCAUGUCGGCGCUGCGGAAGUGGGCGGUGCACGACCUGCCCGAGAGCAGCGAGGCGGGCCUGGUGCUGGCGAACGAGACCUCCGCCAUCCCGGCCCAGCAGCUGCUGCCCCUGUCCAUGCCGGUGGCGCGCGACCUGGUGGCCUCGUCGCUGCCCUACCUGCCCGGCGACUCCCACUCGGCCGGCUGCCUGCAGUGCGGCAUCCGCGCCGCGCUCCAGAUGCUGAAGGAGCGGGCCAGCAAGCACGGCCCCGCCAGCUCCGUGAUUGUGCUGAUCGCGCCCGGGAUGGACCACUCCCUCAACAUCAACUCCAUCCUGGCGGAGGCGGCCAACGUGCGGGCGCGCAUCGCCACCAUCAACUACCCGUACGUGUCGCGCGAGCGGCUGCUGGACGCACUGGCGCACGGCACGGGCGCGCCCGCCUUCACCGUGCAGGAGGAGCGCCAGAACAUGCACACGUCGCUGCUCACCACGUACUUCCGGCUGGCCACCGUGCUGCACGAUAUCGCCUCCCACUUCUACCAGGGCAGCUCCGCGGGCAUGCCCAUCGAGAUUCACAGGCGAGAGCUGCUCAACGACGGCACGAUCACCGGGAGCUUCAUGCUGGACGAGUCCCUGGGGGAGCCGGCCACCUUCGCCGUCUUCACCCACAGCAUCGAGAACCCGCUCAUCAAGGGCAUCACGCUGGUCAGCCCGUCCCAGGCCGUGUACACCCAGAAGGUCGGCGCGAUGCUGCUGGUCAAGCUGAUAUCCAUGCAGGCAGCUCUCAACGAGACGGGCACCUGGGUGUACACGGUGGAGCGGUACUCGGGCAACCCCCAGCCGCACUUCGUGCAGGUGAUGGCGACCCCGCGCAGUCCCUCGGCGCCCGUGGUGAAGGCACGCGCUUGGACCAGCCAGGGCGUCAGGCCUCUCGUCAUAUACACCGAGGUGAGGCGCGGGGACUACCCGGUGCUGGGCGCGCGGGUGGAGGUUGUGGCCACACGGCCGGCGGGCAACGGCAGCAGCCUCUACAAGAACAAGCUGGAACUGCUCGACACGGGCAGCGGAGAUCCAGACCUGACGAGAGGAGACGGGGUGUACUCGCGCUACUUCAACCCGAUGCACGGUGGCCCGGGCAUGUACAUGUUCGAGGUCACGGUCACAGACAACGGCAACACUGCGUACGCCUGGCACGAGACGUUUCUGUUGCAGACGAGCUACUCAGCUCCCACAUGCUGUGGCAGCGUGGUCCCCACCCCUCCUGUCGAGCCGCUGAGCGCCUUCCAGCGCAUCCUGCCGCCCAUAUCCGUGACCUUCACCAUGGAAGACGUCGCAUCGCAGCCGGUCGUGGGCCGCAUCGGUGACCUGAAGGUGGAGGUGAUAGCGUCCGACCUGAAGGCCAGGCUCACCUGGACCGCUCCGGACAUGGGCGGCCACUCCGUCACCCGGUACGAGGUCAAGUACGCCCACAGCGUGGUGGACAUCGUGGACCGCUUCGACUCGGCCGCCGAGACCUGGGACUAUGGCUCUCCCUUCCCGCUGCCCCCUGGCUCCGAGACGGCCUUCACCCUCGACUUCACCCGCAACCCCUCCCUCCUGGACAUCCCUCUGUUCGCGAGCGUGCGGGGCUUCGCGGACGGUGUGCACGACUACCCCGGCGGCCCGCCGUCCAACUGGGUCCGGGUGCUGGUGCCCUCGCCGCCGCCGCCGCCCCCGCCCCCCUCCACCGCCCCCACCACCACGUACGACCACUCGUCGUGGCUGCACGAGGGGGCCCAGGACGAGGCGGUGGUCCCUCGGAUCGACCGGGGAAUGGACUUCGGGGUGGUGACGAUCGUGGUGACGGCGGCCAGCGUGAUGCUGAUCCUGGUGCUGCUGGUGACGUGCUGCUGCUGGGUGCUGGUGCGGCGACGCCAGCGCUGCGCCGGCGAGAAGCACAAGAGCAAGCAGCUGGCGUCCCCGACCGUGGUGCCGUCGUCCCCGCAGCGAGACGACAGCACGGGGGAGCCGUCCCCUCAGCAGGAGCGCGCCCCGCCGCCGCAGUACGAGCCGUACAUCGGCGACGAGAAGAAGAGGUUCAGCCUGGCGCAGAUGCAGGAGGAGCCGGCGCCACAGCCACAGCUGCAGCCGCUGCCGCCACAGCCGCAGAUGCACGAGCAGGUGUUGCCGCCCCAGCAGCACCGCGACCUGUCUCCGCAGGUCAUGCCGCAUCCCAACGGAGGCAUCAGCACCAUCUCCAGCAACGGGGCGGGCGGCACGCUCCCGCGGGGACGCACCCUCAGCCCCUACCAGUCGUGGACAGCCUCGCAGCUGCUGCACGAGCACGAGAGGCGGCAGAGCCCGUACGGGGGCCCGGGCGACGAGGGCCACCCCCAGCACCCCCCGCCCGUGCCGCCCCUCCCGGCCUUCGGCCACCAGCACCCGGGCCCCAUCUACGGGGUGCACCCCGGCGCCUUCGCCAACGGCGGCUACCAAAAGAACGGCUCCCUCGUGCCGUUCAACCCCAGCCUGCAGGGGUCGCUGAGCUCCGUGAGCAGCGGCGACCGCAAGAAGCGCAACGUCACCAUGGUGUGAGCGCAAGCCUCAGUCACGACGCUGACAGAGUUUACUAUUUCUGUUGCAUUUGUGCGUGAAUCUUACCACCACGUUGUUACGAGACUACCGAUGCAUUUCUGUAACUUGAGUGUCGCACAAAAUGAAUGUCGAGUGUUAUCCUUCGUAUGGUUAAAAUGCCAAGAUAUCAACAUUUAAAGAUGACUGGGUAAAUCUCCUUGUGCUUUCAGAAGACGAGGAGCGUGGUGGGUUUCUGAGAUCGGCAACUAUCUAAGAGACUUAAGUGAAUGCUCGGUGCAGGGCAGACGCCUUAGCAACGGGUAACGCUUUUAUGUACCUUAAUAGUGAUGACGAGCAACGACAAUUGCAUUGUGUGAAAUGAAUUGGCAUUUUUUUUCGUUUUUCAAACAAAGUGCUGCUAUUUAACUGCAUAAUGAAGUUUUAAUGAGUGUGGGAGUAAAAAAAGAAUAUUUAAAAUCUAGUCAUUACAAUUAUACAGUAAGGUUGCAGCCAAGUUAUAAAAGGAGACUUGUAUAAAAUGCUUCCUUUGUUGUUUGUGUGAAAGGUCUGAAAAAAUGUGCUGAAUAGAUUUUUAAUUUGGAAAUUUCAAUUUGAAGAAUAACCAAAUAUUUGCAAAAAAAACUGCAUUAUUAUAACCAACCUUUUAGAAAUAUUAUUUCAUUUGAGCCUAGCAGCUGUACAAAAUCUUACUUAUGUGUUUUUUAUCCAUGUGAAUUUCAGUGAUCCAGGUUAUAUUACCUAUACCUAACAUUUAUAUCAGGCAUUUAGUUCUGACAUACAUACAAAUGCACGUGCAGGUUUAUGUACAGGGUUGUACAGUGUUUAUUGUUAAGAAAAGUGAAUUGUUACCUAAAAUAAUGUUGUCUUUGCUGCCUACUUGCUAAUAUAAAUAAAAUGAAAUUGUAAUUGCACUUUUGCUAGUAAUUGUUGUUAGUUCUUGUUUCUUGUAUACUUUUUUGCAUUUUUUUGUGAAUACCAGAUAUAUUCAUGUUCCACAGUUGGUAAUUAUUUCUUUAGGCUUCAGUUGAUUUAUAAUUUAAUAUCUUGGUGCAAAGACCUCUCGUUUUUGUGCAGUAAGUACCUUUUUUUUUAUACAGCAAUUUCAGUUUUGGAUAUGCUAGUUUUAUUACAAUGUUUAGUCUGCUUGUUUUUUAAAGUUGGUUCCAAAUAUGAUGGUAGUUAAAAUAGUUUCAGUUUUAAGUUAAUCAGUAAAAACUGUGUGAAUUAUUGAUAUUUCUGAUUUGGUCAUUGGUUGCAUCUGUAGUUAUUAUAACUGAACAAUGUGACUAUAAUUUCGAGUUCAAAAGUUUGCUUGCAACGUAGUUUUUUUAAGGGAUAGUGAUUUACAGUGAAAAUAGCCUUUUUGUUUACAAAUGUUUAUUUAGAUAAGUACUUUUAUUUUCAAAUAAAAAUAAUAAAUACCUUAAUAUUUAGCCAUAGUUAUCAUAUAACAUACAAUAAAAUUUCAUUUAUAAUAUUCUUAUCAAAAACAUAUAAACAUGCCUGUGCAAAUAUUAGUUUCUUAGAAUCAAAUCAGAAUUUAACUAACAAAAAAUUUUAAAUGUCACACUUUAAAAAUAACUUUUUGUUUUCAUGCAAGGCAACAGCUAUUUUACACUGAUGGUUAUAAUUUAUAAUACAUAUCUUUAAACAUAACUUUGAAAAUGUACGUUUUGGAGGUGUUUACGCAGUGCUUUAAAUCUCCAAUUACUAAGUACAGAUAUGUUCACAGCAGAUAGCCAUUUUCGCUUCUGUGCUGCCAACAUCAUUGAUCAUUACUCAUUAGCGAAGCUAUCAAUAUGAUUUAAUAAUGUUAUCUAUGAAAACAAUCCUUCAAGUUCAUUCCUUUUUCUUGACCUUGUGAGCGUCUUGGCCUUUAGACACCUGGGUAAAAAAUUGUUGUUGGUUUUGGUUAUUUUUUGAAAGCAUUAAAAACAGGAUAAUAAAGAUAGCAAUUUUUAAAGCAGUGCAAAUAUCAUUGCAACUUCCAUAAAUUAUUUUUGAGGGUCUAAUCAAGUCUUGACUUUUAUGCUUGUAGGCUUGACAGGGAAAUUUGUUGUGUUCAUUCAUAGCAGGCUAAAAUUCAAACAUUUUAACUUUUGGACUGCUCAAGCGACUGGCACACAGUUUAAGUGGCCAAUUCUUGAGCCAAUGAGAAACCAUAUUGGAUUUUUCCAUCGUUUUUGCUAUAAUUCUAAUUUUGAACUAUUUAUCCCAAUUUUUUGCAUGUCACUUGAUCAGAUUAACAGAACAGCUUCUACAUGAGAAUCUACAUUGCAUUUUAAAUUAUGUACGCCAACGCAGGAAUAUAUAUGCAUGGGACGCUCUAUAUCGUAUCAAAAAUAAAAAACCAAACCAGGGAUAUGCAUCGCGCAAAUUAGCAGCCAAUGAACAGGGGACUGCCAAGACCUUCCUGUGGUGAACAAAUGACUUUGAUAAUUUUUGUUUUCAUUGGUGUUGAAAUGAAAGAUUUUUUUCCCCUUGAAAUAUAGAAAUUAUGUUGAGUUAUUUUCAUUGGUUUUUAGGCCAGAGCAAAUAUCAGGUUUUUAGUUUGAGUCAAAUACAAAUAUAAAAUUAUUCAGGAAUAAGAAUGUUGAUUUUGAAUAGCAAAAAAGAGAAUUAGAAUUGUGCUAAAAAAUUUUCUUGCAUCAUACAACAACUUUUGGAGUUUUAAGCAAAUAAUACUAAAGUGAAAGCCGGAUUUAAGUUAAAUUAGCUAUAAUAAUUAAAUGGCAAUUUUUGUUAAAAUAUUUAAAUAAUGAAAUAUAUAUUUUUUUUAAUAUGCAGCUAACCUAACCUAACCAACCUACCAACCAUUCAUUUCAGUUCCUAUUCGUGUUAUUUUCCACAACAUAUUGAUCUGGAAACUUUUUGUGAACAGCAAAAUACUGUGAAAUCCAUUGCAGUAUAUUUUACAAAAAACAUAAAUCUUAUUUUAAAAGGCUCGAUCUUGAAAAUAGUGAUUGAAUGAGCUCAUACAUAUUUACAUAUUUAAAUAUUAUUUACUCAUGAAUUUUCAUUGUUAAUGGCAACCAGUUAAAUAGUUCAGCAAUAUUAUAAACACAAUUUUUGCUACUUUCAUCCAGAAUCUUAAACCAUUGUUUACAUUUUUUUAUAUAUCUUUGCAUCACACUGGCUGUUUUGUCAUAGAUGUAUACAGCAAUUAAGCUGCUACUCUAUCACAUGAUGUAAGACCAUAUGUUACUAUCGAUUUAUACAUAGUUAAAACUAGGACAAUUAUUUCUGUUAAUGCCCAUCUCAAUGGAGUCCGAGUUUUGUGUUGUUGUAGUCCAUGGUUGAUGAUGUUUAUUUUUUUCGUACUUCUGGUGCGUGUGGUGAAAAGAAAACAAAUAUUAUUUUGUUUUCAAAUUUGAAAUCACAAAUAUGUCAUGUUUUGAAUUGUAAACACAAUUUUUUCUGUUAUUGUUUAGCGAAUAGUCACGAGAAAAAAAAACUUUUGAAUGAGUACUUGUUCCAUGUUUAAAACGUCACUUUUUAAUUAUGUUUUUGAUUAUGAAGUUCAAAACAUUUAAAAAGGAUUUCAUAUCACACAAAUGACUUUAUAUCAGUAGUGAACGUUGCAUUUUAACAAACUCAUGAGCUAUUCGUAAGCAAGCGAAUACCCUGUUUUAUCGCAUAAUCGUCGCACGCGCAUAAUCAUCGCACCGAUAUUUUAGGGUGUCAAAAUUUGGAUGAAAAAACAUCUCGCGUAAACGUUUCAUAAUGUUUUCGGUCCCGCUAUUAGAUUCUGAGCGCUUUGUGUAGGUAUCUUUUCCGUAUAAAACGAUGUAUUUUAAAGUAGAAAUAUAAUAUUUAUUUGGACAUUACCACUUACUUAUUUAAUUAAUGGAAAUACAAUGUUGGCUGAUGUGUAAAUUUUCUUUUAAAAACAUUUUUAAACGUUAUAAUCUUUAUCUGUUCAUCUGCGUCGCCACGGUGUACUGCUUGUAAAAAUGUAGCCUGUGCUAGUUGGCAUCAUUCAUGUUUGGUUAUGUUGCUUCCCGUAUAGAGCGCGCACACGUAGUAGAAUAUCAAUAUUUAUAUCUCGCCGACUGCAUGCAACGCGCACUAUCUGUAGAGUGCUGGGUUAACUACAUUUGAUAGCCAGCAAUCUAUCGUGGUGUAUAGAUACUAUGACGACAGUUAUGUGUUAGUUCAGGUUCGCAUUCGGGUACCAGAUUUUGUAUUUCUAUUUAAAGUUGAAGAAAGGUUUUUGUUGAAUGACUUAUUAAUUUAAAUCGUUUGGCGUGCUCUUGUGUACUCCACUUUUUAAAUAAACGUACUUUCCAUGAAUGGGUUUUGUUUUUAUGAAUAACUUUACCUAACAAAAAUUUUUUUUCCGCAUAAAAUAUACUCCCUUACUUUUCAAACUUGAUUUUGGUAUAAAAUGUGUGACGGUUAUGUGAUAAAACACGGUAUUUGUUAUUAUGAAGUGUAAGUAUUCGAGGUUUAUUUGUAUUCGAAAAUUUGAAUAUUCGCACAGGGCUACUAUUUUUAUAUGUGCUUAAAAUGUCACUGGGCUAGGUCUCCGCACAUAUAAGAUUCCUUUAUUUUCUAUAUUUUUGCUCAUAUAAUAUAAAUAACUGUAGCUGUUAGUUACGUUCACGGCAAUAGUAGUUGGCAGCCUCAGCAGCUGAAAGAAACCAAAAUUACAUUUUAAUGAUUGUUCGAUUGAGUUUUACAGAAGCGUUUAUUGGGCUAAACAAACUUAUAUAUCAGCUUUAAUAAGUGGCCACAUUUGUUUUUAUCUAAAAGGAUAAAAAAGUAGUUCUUGUUAUGGAAAUAAAAGAUAUUAAAAUGUAUUAAAUUUUGAAUAGAGUAAAAUGGAAAGCUAUCAAUAUAGUACUGUUAAAUUGGUUAUAAUAUUUUGAAAGUGACCUAAAAAUUAAAUUUAAGAAAUUGUAGAGAGUAUAAAUUUGUUAUUGACAUAUAUAUUAAAAAUAUCAAUGAUAAGAAUUUUUUUAUGAGCAUAUUAGCUGGCACAGUCUUUAAAGUUGGAAGCAACACAAUCAGGGAUGGCAAAGAAAGAACUACUCCAGCAUUUUCCUGAGAGCAAGAAAAACCAAAACCCUUGGUGGCCCAGAACAAAAUUCUGUCUACCAAUGUGCCAUUAUGCUUCGUUGAAAAAUUAAUAAGUAUUGCAAAAACAUAUUUGUUGGUUUUUUAUGUACAAUGAUAGUCUUGUUAAGAAGCAGGUGGUGAUGAAUACUAAGUAAUUUGUUACCAUAUCCACCCUAUACAAUGCAAAACUUCUUUUUAAAAUAAAAGAUUCAGUAUGUUAAGUUAGCACAGAACUGUAAGAUAAAAGUACAAGAGGUAUGUCGUAGUAAGUUAUUUGUUUUCUUCCAAGAUUUUAAUAUUUUUUAAUGACAUCUGCAAGUCAAACGAAAAUUUAGGAUACCUUCUAGAUUUUUGAAAAUUAUUUGUGUAGUUUCAUGCCAAAAAUGACCACUAGAGUAGACAGUUCAUGGGAUGAGGAAAAUAAAUUGUAAUUGAUGCAAUAUUCAAUCAAAUACAUGCACGUGUACAGAUUUAGGUUGCCUAUUCUUUCAAUGCGAUCUCAAUAAAUGGCUUCUGUUUUCAAGAAGCACGUAUCAGUUUAUUGAACUUGUACAGAUCUCUUGUUUAUUAUCUGGUUCACUUUAUAGAAAUGUUUUUUAUGUACAUAUGCAUUAUUUUGUUACCAAAAUAGUUUAAACAUAUCAAAGUUACUAAAAAUACACCUAAACAAAGUUACAAGCAUAGUCUGUCAUUCUAUAAAAUACAUGCCAUGCUUGUACUACUAUGUUAAGUACAUACUUUACAAUUGAUGUAAACAGCACGUUUUAAUUUAAUCACAGGAGUUAGGUACUAAAAAAUUAAUCAGACAUACUUUCAUGUCUCAGGAAAUAAUUUAUUGUAAAAACUUUUGUUUUUUUAUAAUUGUGUGCUGAUGAAUACAAUUUUAAUACUUAGUUUAAAGUAGUGUUGUUAGUCAAAAACCCCUUGAGACUGUAUUUUAUAUUACGUUAAAAAUACUGUAGUAUGAUUUUUCUCUCUAUAACCAAAUAUUUGAAAGGUUAGGAUAAACUUUUGUGAUAUGUCAAUCAUGUUGUACAGUUACUUGUUUGAUUUUGUACCAACACGUGUUAUUUUAGUGUGAAAAAGUGUUGGUGUGUGAAUAAAGUGUAAUAUGUUUGUAAUAAAAGCUUCUAAACACAUUUUUACAUCUGGUGUUGUACUCAUGUUUAGGAACACCUACUUACUACUAAUUUAAAAAAAAACUCAUCUCAUUCUUAUAUUUCAGCUCUAGUAUGUACUUAAUUUAAAAUGGUUAAAAAGUUUCUGCAAGCAUACCAAUGCUAACCUGGGCAUCUUGCUAACUGUGUAUGUUUACUUCUACCAACUUGGCAGCUCUUCGCUUCUUAGGUAUAUUAUUCCAGUUACACAGUUACCUAUGUAAAAACAGGAAGAGAAAACCUGUAUCUGUUCGUCUUCGUCGUUGCUGUGUACCGCUUAUGAAAACGUAGCCAGUGCUGGUUAGCAUAAUUCAUGUUUGGAUUUGUUGAUUCCCGUACAGAGCGCACACAUAUAGCCGAAUAUCGAAAUUGAUAGGUUGCUGAUUGCACACAACGGCGAUAGUUAUGCGUUAAUUUUGACUCACGUUCGGGUCACGGUAUCAGUUUUUCUAUUUAAAGUUAAACAAAAUGUUUUUGUUACAUGACUUUUUAAUUUUAAUUGUUUUGUGUGAUUUCAUAUAUUCUACUUUUUUAAAUAAACAUACUUUCCAUGAAUAGGUUUUGUUUUUAUUUUAGGUCUGGGUAUAUGGCAUUUGAUAGGAGAAUUUGGUGAAUGGAACGGAAACACUGUAUUCCCAUCUGUGAAAAUCUUGAAAAGAUGGUGGACCCGCAUGAGUCAUCCGUUUAUAUUAACUUAUGCGAACAUUUUGGGGAAGUACUAAGUGUA